AUGGUGUCGACACCCCCACCAUCAGAUGACGCAGAGGGUCAUCCCCCAGAGGAGAGUCCACAUGACGAGGAGGAAGCUAAGAGCGCGUCACCGAGCAAGAAAGAAGCCAAGCAACCCAAAACAUCAAAUCGUGGACAUAAACUUCGGCAUAAACAGCCUGCGCAUUAUCGAAGACAUACCAACGACUUCUCUUCGCAAGAGUCAGGCGAUCCGGUAAUGAGGCAGGCGAUGCGCUACGGCGUCGAUCCCAACACAUAUCGUCCGCCGCCGCCAGGUGCAUAUCCACCAAACACGAACCCUUCUUAUUAUCCAUCGCCAAACCUACCGCCGCCGGCUGGCUAUCCCAAUCCAUAUACGUAUCCUGGAGGCGGAGGAUAUUUCUCUACCCCACGAGCAAGUGUUAGGGAUCCCCAGUACUUUUCUCCACCUGGCUACGAUGUCCCGCCUUCAGGAUACUCUGACCCAGGCUUCGCCCCCGCCGACUCUUACGGGUAUGAAGAGGAAAUCCCACCAUACCCUGAGUAUCCAACACGGGAGCCGAAAAGAGCCCCAGUACGACCGAGGACCUUGCGACAACCCAAGCCACAGACCGAGCCAACCCUGAGUAGCCUUCGAAGGGAUGCGGCACACCAGAGACCUCGACAAAGACGACCGUCUAUCCCCAUCAGAGAGACAGCCUCGCCAGAGGAUGGCAUAACCAUGCAAGACAUCAUGGCUGAGCUCAGAAACCUCCAACGCCAGGUCUACCAAGCCGAGAUACAAUCAGACCCAGGCAGGAUCCAAGGCCGCCCACGAAGGAGUCCAUCAGUCACAAGUCAGUAUACUAGCGAUGACACUAGAUCCCUAAACAUAGAGAGAGAAAGGUCUCGUCAGCUCACAAGCAUAAUUUACCGGCUACUUGAAGAUAGGCAACGACCAGAAUACCAAGACUCAUUGGGGUUAUCGUCAAGGCAGACAAUGAUGGACCUGCUUCAGGGCAGGGUAAGGGAACAUGAUGGAGAGAUGGCAUUGGUUAGUCAACAGGACGCACAGGAGAUACGAUCAAAACUCGAUACUAUAUUGGAGUAUCUUCAGCUUGAAGGCGGAUUUGAAGAGGAGCCGGCUCCGCAGCGACUUCGCGAGGCUUACGAAAGCAGGCCACAGCCCUUGGUCCUGAGGGGUCAGCCUUCUGUCGCUUCUGGCUCCUCAGUACACACAUCAUCAUCACCAGCUCUAAGUCGAGCAACACCCCGUCGUCGACAGACUCUCCCAUCUGUGAUUAGACCAUCACAAGACGCGCAGUCAUCAAAUCAAGGACGUACCCGACAAGUCCCAACCACGCUAGGUGACGACGACGAGACAUACGAAGACUUCCGACGCCCUGCACGUACAAGAGUUAGCUCAACACAGAGUGUUGCAUCGCAGGAUAAGAGGAGGCUUGUCCAGAGGAGUGAUUCCCGACCACCGGAAAGAAAGAUUGUGGAAGGUGAUCAACAGAAAGUUAGGCCAGGGCGGUUUGCGUAUGUCCAGACAGAAGAUGAACAGGAUGAAGAACCUGCUCGUGCACCUGUGCCGCCGUACCCAGUGCCUGAUCCACCUGGACAGUCGAAGCGGAGAAGAUCAUUACAGUCGGUGAGAUUCAGGUAG